UUUAGCAGUUCUCUCCUCUCUUGUCUCUUCACUUCACUGCUCAGCAGCUCAGUUUCAGUUAGUUUCUCAGUCGUUUCUGCUUUCUGCAGUCUCCUCCGUCACCAGUUUCGAUCUGAAAUUUGCCAACUCUAUGAUGUUUGUGAAUCGUUCCGACUUUUUCCGAUCCGUCAAUUUCUAAUCAGUUCUUGUGGUUCGUUCUUGCCGCGUGCCGUCCGUUUUGUACACAGUGGAUUUGGAUUCUUGAGUGAUACCGUCCGAAUUGACUUCGAAACCUCACCGAAUAUUUCCUUCGAGUUUAUUUCGCUGUUCAUUCGCAUGGUCCGCGAAUUUGCAAAAUAAUGUGCGGUCCAAAGUAUUUGCCCCUCCUAUUUAUAAGUGAGCGCUUAUCGUGAGUAAAUCAUGUGUGUUUCAAGCCAUUGAGUGUUAUCAGUUCAUCCUCAAAUCUUCAUUUUGUUCUACGUUGUGAAACCGGGCUCGAAAUGGGACGAUACUCGGGGAAAAAAUGCCGUCUGAUUUCGAUGCUGUGGCUGACAACGGUUUUCUUUCUGGUGGAAAUCGUUGUAGGGUACCUCACAAAUUCUAUGUCUCUUGUGGCAGAUAGUUUUCACAUGCUGAGUGAUGUUGCUGCGCUUGUCGUGGCAUUUUUGUCGGUGAAGAUGUCUCCAAAAAAAUGGUCAAAAAAUACUUUCGGUUGGGCUCGUGCUGAAGUUCUCGGAGCUUUAGUUAAUGCAGUAUUUUUGGUGGCACUCUGUUUCUCUAUCACUGUUGAGGCAUGUAAACGAUUUAUUGAAAUUGAAGACAUUCAUGAGCCGGAGCUCAUCAUCAUUGUUGGUUUUCUUGGGCUGUUAGUCAAUGCCAUCGGACUUCUUCUUUUCCACCAACAUGGAGGAGGCCAUGGCCAUUCUCAUGGAGGACUAUCGAGAAGCCAUACGAGGCUCACUCAGUUAGUCUCAGUUGGUGCAUCGACAGAUGACAAUGAAAAUGACUCAAGUUUCCGACCUCCGCACUCUCACAGUCACCACCAGCACAGCGAAAAAGAAGAGAAGUAUGCUGCUUCAUCCUCAUCUGAGUCGAUGAAUAUGCGAGGCGUGUUUCUCCAUGUACUCGCUGAUGCUUUGGGCUCCGUCAUAGUUAUUAUUUCUGCAACUGUUGUUUGGUGGACAGACUGGAAGUACAAGUACUACAUAGAUCCUGCUCUAAGUGUUGUAAUGGUGCUACUGAUCCUCCAAUCAGUUUGGCCUCUCCUUCAAGAAUCAGCGUUAAUCUUACUUCAAACUGUUCCUACUCACAUCCAAGUUGAUGCUAUCGAAAGACGUUUACUUGACAAUGUGGAUGGUGUUCUAGCUGUUCAUGAGUUUCAUGUGUGGCAACUAGCUGGAGACCGAAUUAUAGCCUCUGCUCAUAUCAGGUGUCGAAACUUAUCUGAGUAUAUGAAAUUAGCCGAGAAAGUAAAGGAGUUCUUCCACAAUGAGGGAAUUCAUUCAACCACAAUACAGCCUGAAUUUGUAGAAAUCGGUCCUUUCUCUGAGGAUACAGUUCAUUCAGAAGCUCCAACUGAGGAUUGUGUCCUGGACUGUCCAAAAACUGAUAAACCAUGCACUCUAUCAACUUGCUGUGGGCCCUCGAAGCAGGGAAGAGACUCGCCGCAGUUGGGUGAAGCUCCAUACUUAUGUCGUCAGCGCAAUACCAGUAAUUGUGUCGCAGCGCCCUCCGGUGGAACGUCUGGAGGAGGAGGGGGAGGAGGCUUGAGCGAUAUGGAACGAGGCGCUCUUCUGGGUGGUGUUGAUAAUAGUCAUAUGGAAAUUGGAUCAGUACCCUUAGCAAAUUCUUGCGCCGUCUCGCUCAGCUCGAGCGUGGAUUCGUGUGUUUGACAAUAUUCGACUGCCCUCUGCUCUCCGACUUAACCAAGUUGCUAGCAGUUGAGGUUUGUGAUUAUGCUAAAUUAGCCUUCAUAAAUUAUCUACAGAUGCUUUUGUCUACUUGUUGUAGCUCAGUUGAGCUAAACUCCUCACGCAAGAGCUUCUUUAUGGAAGUUUGACUUGUUGAUGGGAAUCAAUCGUUGCCAUGUCUUGUCUUGAGUAAUAUGUUUAAAAUGACUUUAAUUAGUCAGUUUUCUAUUCCUAGGUAUCACCUUGAAAACCUAGAGUUUAGCCACUCUCAUAUUUAUUGUGAUUUUAACGUCUGACAAUGAGACUCCUAAGAACUGAUUUUUGAAAUAUUCAGUCUCUCUCGUUUCUGACGUCUGGUAUAGUCCAAAGUAUGUUUUAGCAGGUUUCAAUGACAAAGCGUCAAAUACAAAAGGAUUUCAUAAUUUUUUGUUCCUUUGAUGAAGUAUUCAUGACCUGAAUUAUUUAGAAUGUAUUGUAUGAAUGAAUAUUCUUUAUUUGUAGACUCCAUCAAUGAUCGUCAGUAUAUGAUACUGCACGCAAACAUUUUAUUUAGAUGAGACUCAUGUAUUUGUACAUAAUACCGUGCUCUUAUCUCAGGCAGCACAUACUGAAAUUUAGAAGCUGUGUAUUCUAGCGUGAAACUAUGUUUCACUUUAACUCAACCAUAAAGUUACAAGUUUUUUUUUACAAAAAGGUCAGUCUGUUUUUUAUUUAUUGUUUUAUGAAAUCAAAGAAAUUUCAUACUUUAUUUUUUCUCUUUUAUCAUGGUUUAUGUUUCUGUGCAAUGUCUGCCCUCUUAAUUUGUCCUGUUUGUUCAUUCACUUGUUUAUGUUUUUACUUCUUACAUCUACACUUGUUCACUCCUUUGUUCAAUUAGUUUCAUUUUGCGUCACCCUACAUAUCUAAUACCUCUUUGCUUUCAAUGUGUCAGUAUGAAUCGUAAGCACCUAAAGUCAGACCCGCCACGUCUCAUCUGGGGCCCUGGUACCAGAUUUAAGGUCUAGGCCCCAUGACUGCCACUAACUCUUCCUCCCCCCCCCCUCCGGCCUCCAAACUUUUAAGUCGAGGAUGCCCAGAGAAGAGACUCUUAGCAUCAGACGACGGAAGAAAAUGGAAGGCAGUAAUUGAAAUAAUCAUUCUAUACUAAAAAUCUUGAUAAUAGAUAGAAAUCUUCAAAGGAGGAAGAGGAAUUCUACAGUGCCCUAGCGUGUUUUUGAAAAAAAAAACCUUUUGUGAAAUUUUUGACUUUUCCUUACAAAACAAAGGUUACAUUUGAAUUGGAAGUAGUGUGUCACGGGCCGAGAUACCAGGAACACAGUAAUCCCCCCCCCCCUUGUGGCGGGCUUGUAUAAAGUAUUCACGGGUGGAGAUAAUAGUUAAUAAUCGAGAGAUGAGUUUGGGAGCAACAAACCUUAAUGUUUUUUGGUGGUCUUUGAGUAAUUACAGGUUUUUUUGUAAUAUCUCAAAAAUUCCUCAAAAUUUUUUCCCCAGCCAUUAGUGCAGAGAAUGGCCAGAAGCUAAUAGAAAGGUUUUAAUGAGUGUAACCGUAAUGAUUUUGCAGAAUUUUUUUGUGUUCCCGCUUGUAUGUUCAAAAUUACACACUGUUUUGUGCGUUAUAAUUAUCGAAGUAUAAUUCUACCUGGCAAAGAAGGGGGGAGUAGAGAAGUAAAAUUUUCCCAGCAACCUGAUUGUUGAGCUUUAGUAUUUUUCGACUGGACAAGACAAGACCAAGGAGGAAUGGAGUUAUGUGAUGGUCGCCUUUGUCUAUCACUCUCCUUUCACACCUAAAUCUGGUGGAUUUGACACCAAAGUAUUGGCAACUAAACAGGUGACUUCAGCUUUUCGUUGAUUGCAGCCAACAAGCGACAAAAACACAGAAAAGGAGAUUACUAACAAAGCCAACCAAUCAAUCACAUAACUCCAUUCCUCCUUAGUCUUGUCUCGCAAAAUCGACAAUUACAAAUAUUCAACGAUCAGGCUUCUGGACCCCUCACUGUAGAGAUAAUUCCUCAAUAAUAUUUGCCGUCCUCACACUACUGUCAAAAAUUACAAUUUUUUAUUAGUAAUAUACCUCUCUUUUUAUGCUUUUCAUAAUUAACAUGUAAGUGUAGAUGCUCAAAAUGUAUAAGUCUCAAGAAUGCUCUCACUGAGAAAUUCAAGGUCUUGAGGAGGCUCCACUCUGUUUCAUUAUUUCUUGUAAUGCAUUGGAUUGUUUACCAUCAUCUUUGUUUAAUGAGCAUUCCGAAAACCCACUGCUUUUGAGAGGGUUAAAAAUCAUAUUUUUUAUGUUUUUCAAGAAUUUUUGAAAAAUAAGGCUACAUAAUAGCUUGCAGCAGUUUUUUUUUUCUUUUCUUUUUUUUUUACUGGCCACAAUUUACAAGUGGAGAACUGAAAAUUUCUGACCCUUGUUGUGAAAAUGUAAAUAAGCCCAAUCCUUUUCUAUCUUUUCCUUUCUUCAGCAUUUCUAUACCUUUUUAUAUUUGAUUCAAGUAGCAAUUUAAAUGGCAUUUAUACUUAAUCAACAUGUGUAUGUGCGACAAGCGUUAGAAGUAAUUUUCUGAGAAAACUCAUCAGAGUGCUUACACUGUUUAGAUGAGUAACAGAGACUGAUUUGAUGAAUAGUUUUCGUCAUAAAGAGAGGAUUUGGUCUGAACAAAUGAAAUAAUGACACAAUUUACCAAAGAAUGGCAAAAUUACACUGGAUAAGUUUCACUUUGCACAACAUUGACUACCCUACUUUAUUUCUGCGUCUCAACUUCUUUUGACAUCCCUUCCCUUCUUCGAUAUUUCUUUGUGUGCUCUCUUGGAACUACAGUCAACCCCUGUUAAGUGAGCAAGAUUGGCUACCCCUUUUUAUUUGCCCAUUUGAGCAAUUUUAAGGAUUAGGACAAGUGAGAAUCUGGUAAUCGAUACAACUCAGAAAGUGAACAAAACUUUUUGGUCCUAAAAUUUAUGAAUCUUGAAUAAUUGAUAAAUUCUCCUAUUUUUCCUCGUACUCAUUUUAGUUGUCUUAUUUCCCCUUCUCUCUAUGAGGUCCUAUUUUUUUGGCUGUGCAACAGCAAAAUGCAGAGCAAUUCUUUGCCUCGACGACUCAGAGUUUGCUACCCCAAUUCAUACUCCCAGGAGCGCAGGGCUCUUCAGUGCGAUGAUCAUCUCCCAUUUGUACUAAUCUUAUCAGCUCUCUGCUCCUGCACCAAUCCGUGAAUUAUCAAUAGCUCUAGCAGGCACAAUAGACAUAUCCAGUUGGAUCAAUGCCAGUUUGCGUUUGCUGUUUCGGCAAAAUUAGGUAGCAGGGUGAUGUUGCAAGGAGUGGAUGUAAAUAAAUGUCCAAUUUCACUGGAAAAUUUGCUAUUUACCCCUCUUUUCCAUCGUGAUAAGCCAGAAAAAAAGUCCAUUUCUUUUGAAAAUAACCUUAUGGCCCAAGAUUUGUCUCUGUCUUUGUAUGGUACAUUUUUUGGACCCCUAAAACUCAGCUCUUGAGCUUUCUGAUAAUCUUCAGGGAUGAGUAUGCAGCUCGGAGUUAAAUAAGAAUCAGAGUCAAUAGUUUCAUAAAAUGAUCUGUUGAACUAGUUACAAGCCUUUUCCUGCAGUUUAACCUGUCAAGACCCAGUCCAUAAAUUUUUAACCGUUUAGAAGUGGUUUUACUAAUGUUUUGGCACAAAACUUGAAAUAGUGGUGCAAAAAUGAAUAUGUGAUUUCGUUUAAUUGAGGAAUUUUGUCGGUCCUGCUGGUCCUACUCUACAGGCAAUGACUGUACUCACAUCAGACAUGCACUUCUGAUUGUUAAAUAUUGAAAAAAUUACUUGUAUUUUUUAUAGCAAAUCAUACGUAAAGACUAUUCUACAUAUUUUAUCUUCCUUUGUAGAGAUUGAUUACUAAUUUUUCUUAAUGAUGUUCCCUUUUCAUUAAAAAUCAUAUUUCAAAUUAAUUGGGUUCAUCCUUUUAACAUCCAUUUAAACUGACAAUGAGCUAUGAAAUUCUAUAUUGGCUUAAUUCUGCAAGGUAUCGGUCUUCUCUCAUGCAAUAAAUAGGUUCCUUUCUUUUUUUUUAUCGUUCGUCUAACUGUUAUUUACGUAACGAGUCAAGUACUUACUAUAACCUUCUUUUUUUGUCAUGACCACACCUAUUAUCUACAUUAAAGAAACAAAACUUUAUCAGUAGUUUUCUCAAGACAUGUUUGAUUCUUGGGAUAAGAGCCCUUUUGCACCUAACUCCUCUAUUGAGUUCCCUAAAUUUAUCAACACCCCCCCCCCCCCUCUUCCAGUUUGUUGUCAUCAGUUUCAUAAUGGUAGUUGUAACAUGUAGUACGCUUAAUAACCUCGUACACAAACAUGAAUCAGACAAUCAAUAGUCAAUUUCUCUGGGACUUUGACUGCACUCUUUCAGUUUCUGUGUCAGUAUUCUGCCAAGCAUUGUUUCUUAUUUCUCAGCAUUAUUUGAUAUGCAUGGUAGCGAGGUACAUGUCCUCCCAAAUUUCAACACAUACUCUUAGAUAUUUCCUCUCAGAUAUUUUGUUUAGUUCUGAAGGUUUUACUCAUGAAAAAUACAAAAUAUUUGUUAAAAAAUUGUGGACUUCCUGUAAAUUAUAACCAACCGACACAAUGAACCACUGGGGGAAGUAAAAGUUUGAAAAUUUCACCUAAAACUCGAUUCACGCCCUAAAAAUUACUGAAAUAAUUCCUGACUAAGAUGUUAAUGCUUUUAUUUAGGACUGGUUACAAAAAAAAUUUGAAUUAUCCACUUAUGAUAAAAACCAAUUAAUGAAUUUUUUAGUGAAUUAAAUUCCGCACUACAACGAUUUUGGCAGGUUUCUUAAUCGAGCAGUGUUCCCUCCCUGCUCUGUUCUAAGUGUGAGAAACGUGUAACAGCUGGGCGGAAGUAUCAAGAUUAAGGUUGCAAUAUCAUCAUACCACAUACACUGUUACAAUAUCAUUUAGCGUACAAUUUAACUCAUGUAGGUCAUGGUUUUUUGAGCAGGAAGUUUGAAUUAAAGCAUGGUGGGAGUUACUUUCAUUAAUUUUGUCGCACAAAUCGAGUUUUAUGUGAACUUCUAAUGAGUUUGAUGAGAAAAAUAUAUCAUAAUGCUUAAAUUCGCACCUUGACUGGUGGUUCAUUGCCUGAAAUUCUCAUAAAGCACAUCAGUUCUGAAAAUGAAGUGAAAUCACAGUAAAGUUUUAGAAUGAAAUCCGCUAGUUUCUCAAGAAAGCAGUCAAGAUGUAAGUGAGCUUUUUACACUUAGCAUGCUAAAGAGUGUUUUUUUUUAUUGAUCCAUGAAAAAAUCAUUAAUGUAGGCACUCCUACCAAAAUCCUGUAACUUGUAAAUAUUGAGGAUUGUACAUUUUUAGUCAUUAUAUAUUUUACACAAUUUUUUGUAUCGCUUUGUUUUUAAAAAUGUAUAUUAUGUAAAUUGUAAAAAUUGUUGAUAUCUCCGCUUCGUUUAUUGUGGCAGAUGGUAAAAGGUUAUUUUAGAUCAUUAAAGAGGAAAAUUAGUCCAGUUUGUAAUUUUUACACAAACCUCUUCAUACGUACAACUAGACACAAAGCCUCAGUUGCUGUGUCAACGAUAAUCUCUACUCUAUAAAUGUUUUUCUUUAAUUUAAUUUAAAGAAUUGAGGAGGAAUGCACAUCUUUACCAUUUUUACUGCAACUGUACUAUCUCCUCUCCUCAUCUUAAUCAUGAAAGUCCCUUGAUAUAUUGUUCCUUUUCGAAACUAAUUGCUCUUGAAUUGCGAUACUUUUCGUAAAAUAACUUUAGUGCAGCAAAAUGCAAAAUGGGACAUUUGGCUGAGUGAAUAGAAUUUUUGGAAAUGAUUCAAAAUUGUCUGUGGAAUUUUGAAAUGAAGUGUUGCAAACUUCAAAGUUGGAAAUUUCGACCGCGAAAAGUUUGCAACUUUAACUUUCCUAAUGAUGAAGACUCCAUACAGACUUAGAAGAGAAGAUGAUCAGAUAAAAAGACAAAAACUUAGUAAAUCUUCAACACUGUAGUUCAAAAGUCAAAUUUUUGACCAACAGGAGCAACACACACCUCCACACAUUUUUUUCUUUCUUUUUUUUAAGGAAAAAAGCAACUAGAGGACAUUUUUUUUCCUUUCUUUUUUUAAGGGGGAAAAAAAAACAGUUAUACGAUGAACCUAGUUGUACGAUAACCCAAGAAAACCAGAAUUUUACUUUGAAGCUAAAGAAAAAUUCAUGCUUAUCAUAUUCAUCAAGUAAAUUUGUAGGAGUAUGUAGUUUUUUUGUCGCUCUUUUCCUCAAAUUUUGUUAAACGUCGAGUACCUAAAAAUAUUGCCACACUUUUUAUCCCAUUUUUGUAUUUUUUUUACUUAACUGGGGCUUCAUUGAUAAGGCAAAGGACAAGCCUGCCGGCCUAAAAUUAGGAGAGGUAAUUUAUCAAGGCUCUGUAUGAAAAUUUUAAUAGACCGUACAACUUUUGAAAUUAAUGAUUUUUUUCUUCUUCUCUUUAAUGACAUGCAAACCUACAUUUUUUGUGAUUGAGUUUGCUUAUUUUAGCGAGCUCAGUUAGUGAGUAAUAUCCAUCUGUUCGACAUCCUGUCACAUAUACUCUUGGUAAAUUUUCUCCUCACGGAGCAUUCAAAUUAUCUCUCUACUAUGAGUUAGUAGAUUUGUUGUAUCAAUACAGCCUUUUUAUACCAAAUAAACUAAAUUUUAGCUGACA